GAGCCCAAAGUCAGUUAAGCAGAAGGUACCAGCGGGCAGCACAUCGCCCCCGGGGACUGAGAACAACUUGAAAUGACACCUUGGAGUUGUCUGACAAAAUUGACAUCUAGGAGAAGUCCCCGGACCCAUAGAACCCUGAGCCCCUGCACACACUGAACCUGACUUCAGACAAGGUCCCUCCUUCUCUAAUGCUCCCGCUCCUUCUUCCAGGUCCUCCACUGAGGCUCCGAACACCAUGCCUAUCACCAAGAUUCCCAAGGUGACCCAGCCCUUAUGGAUGGAAUGGGAUCGGAAGGCCCAGAAGAGCGGCCUGAGACACGAAAUCUAUGCGGUCAAUGGAGACUGCUAUGUUGGGGAGUGGCAAGAUAACAAGAAACACGGAAAAGGAAUCCAGAAAUGGAAAAAGAGUGGAGCUAUUUACCAUGGAGACUGGAAGUAUGGGAAGAGAGAUGGUUAUGGGAUCCUCAGCCUUCCUGACUCUGAGAAUAGAUAUAGGAAGGUCUACUCUGGCUGGUGGUCCAACGACAAGAGAAGUGGUUAUGGCGUCUGGUACUAUGCGCCCAGCGAAUACUAUGAAGGAGAGUGGAAGGACGGCCUCCGAAGUGGAUGGGGCCGCAUGUUUUAUACUAAUGGAGACAUCUAUGAGGGCCAGUGGAACCUGGGCCAGAGAGAGGGCGAGGGCAUGCUCCGCCUAAGUAAUGGAAACCGCUAUGAAGGCUUUUGGCAGCAAGGGAUGAAGAAUGGGAAGGGCCGCUUCUACUAUGUGGACCACGGACAACUCUUUGAGGGCUUCUGGGUAGAUGAUAUGGCCAAAUGUGGGACCAUGAUUGACUUUGGCCGAGAUGAAGCUCCUGAGCCCACCAAGUAUCCCAUUCCACAGAUCGAACUGCAGAAUCCCGACAAGGUGCUGGAGGAAGCCGUAGCCAAGUUCAUCCAGGAGAGAUACUGAAACCAUUCUCAGGAACAACAACCGAGGCUGAAUCAGUGGAAGCAACUUGGGGGGCUGGUCAGGAGCCCCCCUUUCCCCAAGGCCGAGUCAUCAGGGCCCUUGGGAGGAGAGGCCAUUCAGGGUGGGUCAAGCUGAUAAAGGGAAGAUGUAACAAGGGG